AACUGUGAUCAGGAUACACAUACAAGCAUGUUCGAGGAGCUUUGUUCAUAAGAGCUCAAUACGGGAAACAAUCCAAUGACGGUCACAAUAGAAUGGAAUAAAAAAUGGCGGCAUCUCCACAUGAUGGACAGCACAGCUACCUACUACGACAGUGUGGGGGAGUCUUAUAAACACAAUGCAGAAAGAAGGAGGAGCAAGGAAUUUCAAAGAAUAAAGUUCCAAAAGAAGCAAGACUAAACUCCACUGUUUAGAGGAACAUACUUAGGACUUUGUCAGCAAGCAAGCACGAUGCCAGGAGGUCUGGAGAAGGCGUGUCAUCAGUGCAUUUCUAAAAUCGCCAGCAAUGCCUGCUUCGUUUGCGCACUCUUCGCCUUCCUGGCCCUGCCGCUGUCCAUGGCCUUCACAGGAAUGAAGUUUUUGGAGGACUGCCCUAUACAGCCCCUCAUUCCUUUAUAUUUGCUAGUGGGCGGGAUCGUCGGAACCUUAAAGGUGAGAAGAAGGUGUUUGGUGCGCCCUCUGCUGGGCAAAAGAGGAAUGGCCCUUUUUCUGCCCCUGGCCCUCGGGGCAGUUUCUGUCUUCAUUUUCACUAGAGCGGUGGAAGAAGAUGCCUGGUGUGUGGUUUGUGGAUCCGGCCUCACCUGUGAUGCCCAAUUCCCUCAUCGUGCCCCAUGUUGCCCUCUCUGUGCUGGGGCCGGGGAGAGGCUGCGGGCUGGGUGGGUGUGCCUUGGGCUCCCCUCCCAGCCUCCUUUCCCCAGAUGAUGACUUGUCAGCCACUCCCAGUCACGUAGCCAACGUUUGGAUGUCUCUGAGCAGCAAAGACCUGAGCCCAGGGACCCCUGCACAUCUCCCGCGUGGAAGUGUCUCCGGCUCCCGUUGCUAGGGCCUUGGCAAAGGUGGAAAGAGCCAGUGAAAAACCACGAGUGUAAAAUUGUCUGUUAGCAGAUGGCAGAUAUUGGUGAGUGCUAUGUCUCAAAUGUUGGAGAGUCCCAGUUUCUGGUAGGCGUGGAUAUCCCUGGAGUGUGGCAGAAAUCUGUAUCUUUACCAGAGGGAGCGGCGGACGCAGUGUGCUCAUUCUCAUGGGUAACCCCCUCCCUACCCCCUGCUGCAAUGGAGAAUGUCGGUCCUGAAUGACUGCUGAACCAGGACCACA